GAAUCGAAUCGAAUCGAAUCGAAUCCAAGCAAUUAAUUCUUCGAUCACGUCAGAUGCCACAUUCUUCGAAAUUCGUGAGAUGACAACCUUCAUCCUUCAACCUCCGUGCGCUGACCGUACCGAUAUGAUGUGCCAAGGCAAGCUGAUCGAGGGCCAAUGAUGUGAAUGGCAACAAAAAAGCUCUGUUUGUUUGAUUGUAUCCGGAAAGCACCAUGAUAUCCUCUCUACGUAUACGGGUCUCCUGGAUGCUGCUCUUAUCCAGCAGUUCCUUGUUAUCCCUCUUUCCUUGCGCGGAUGCCUUUCUUAUUAUUGGCACGGUUCCAUGGAGCCAUGUUUCUUCCACUGGUACAUGUAGUAGCAGCAGUAGUUGGUUGCGCAUGAGCAGUGACAGUGACAGUGACGAUUUUAUGAAAUCGCUUCAAUCCCGCAUGGCCCAAGUGGAAGACAGCGACAGCAAAUUGCCGAUUGUGGUCUUGGACACGAUGUUACCCCGUCAAGUGUUGAAGAUCGAAGUGGAAAAUGACAUUUUCCAAGCCCUCGUGAAAGACUGUGUGGAACGAGAGUCGCUUCGUUUUGGUAUGAUUGGGACGGCUACGUUGGCCAAUACGGGACAAUCCUGGCCGUUGCAAAAUGGCGUCGAAGUGGAAAUUGUGGAUCCACCCCAAGUUGUGGAUGGACAAUUGCCAGCAGACGGAGGCAACAAUAAGGCAUUACGUGUCAAGCUACAAGCGGGACGACGAUUUCGCAUCGAUCAAAAGGAUCUACAAACCAAUCCGGCUGGAUGGACCGAAGCGCGAGUGGAAUGGUUAAAUGAGGAAACCGAGGAACCGGAAGAUCCAUUAUCGAUGGCCCGAGCCAUUCAUGUAUGCGUUAAAAUCACAAAACGAAACCUGAUUGAUCAAUGGGUGGAACUGGCCAAAACCAAGGAACAUUUUGAAGGACAAAUUGAUCAAUUACUAGAAGAUUUGGGAGAACUGCCACCCGUAGAGGAACCCUCGGAACUAGCGUUUUGGGUAGGAGCCCUCGUCAAUCCAUUGCCCGCCAUGGGUGUCGCCAUGGAAAUUCGACCGCAAUUGCUCAUGGCAAAGACCGCCGAAGAACGGAUUGGAACAGCCUACAAGGGAUUGAUUGCAUCCAUUGCACACAUGGAUGGAACCAAACCUCUCUUUUGAAUUCUGAGCAUUAUGCAGGCUACCGUUCGGUAUGGAUGGCAACAGUAGUUAGGAUGGUACCACACGAAACCAACACGUUUGGGGCAGCAGGUUUGCACGUUUUAGAAACGAAAAGUGAACCAAAAAAAUGCCACGUCCAUCAUCUAAAGCAAAUCCAUGAAUCCAUUGGGAAGGUAUUUGAUUACUGGCCACAACUACUUUUUAUGGAUGAGUUUUAGUUAGGAGGAGUACCGUAGUCUUAGACGAAGGAAUCGAAUCAAUUCUGGCAUCUUCGUGUGCACGUAUCCCAAACCCCUUCCAUCCUCAGUCA